AUGAUCACAUUGGCGAGAUCUGCUCUUCGCGCGCGCUCGGUCGCAACGAGGUUGCGUGCUUCCGCUGCUCCCAGCGUCUCGCUUCGAUGGCAGUCCAGCUCGGUCUCGCAUGAUCCUAUGACAGGCGAAGCUACCGGCUCAAAGCACCUCGAUGCAUCAUCUCUCGUCAUCACUCGCUCCAAUGCACCCCGUACACCACCACCUUCCCAGUCACUCGUCUUCGGAGCCAAUUUUUCCGACCACAUGCUUUCCGUCCCCUGGAACAGUGCUACUGGUUGGGACGCACCCAAAAUCCACCCCUAUUCUCCCCUCCAGCUCGACCCCAGCGCCGUGAUCUUCCACUACGCUCCAUCCCUUUUUGAAGGCAUGAAAGCCUACAAAGACGUUAACGGCAAAGUUCGUCUCUUCCGUCCCGAUAUGAACAUGAAGCGUAUGAACACCUCCGCUUCACGUAUCGCCCUUCCCACCUUCGAAGGAGAACAGCUUAUCACACUCAUCAAAAAGCUCGUCGCCCUCGACAAAGGCUGGAUCCCUAGCGAUCCCGGUCACUCGCUCUACAUUCGACCUGCUCUCAUCGGAACCGAGGCUGCUCUCGGUGUUCACCCAACCAAAGAUGCAUUGCUGUUCGUAAUCUGCUCUCCUGUCGGACCCUACUACAAGACUGGUUUCAAACCUGUUGCGCUUGAAGCUGAUCCCAACAAGGUCCGUGCCUGGCCUGGUGGAACAGGACAGUACAAGCUAGGUGGAAACUACGCUCCCGGUAUCCUUCCUCAAUUGGAAGCUGCGAAACGUGGGUACCAGCAAAACCUUUGGUUGUUUGGCCAAGAACAUCUUUUGACGGAGGUCGGAACGAUGAACCUCUUCGUAGCGCUCAAGAAGGGGGAUGAGAUCGAACUUGUCACUCCUCCUCUUAAUGGGAUGAUUCUUCCUGGUGUCACGAGGGAUUCGAUCUUGCAUAUUGCAAAGGAUCACGUUAGUGGAAAGUACCCCAUUGAUUCGCUGCCGAAGAAUUUGAAGGUUUCGGAGAGGGAGAUUAGCAUUCAUGAGGUGAUCAAGGCAGAACAUAGUGGAGAGUUGGUCGAGAUGUUCGGUGCUGGUACUGCCGCUGUUGUCUCUCCUGUGGAUAGGGUGGGUUACAAUGGAAAGGACAUUAAGAUCCCUGCUGGUGACGGUAUCGGUGAUAUUGCAAAGGCGAUGUUGGAGAGGAUGACGGAUAUUCAGCUUGGUAAGGUCGAACACCCGUGGAGUGUUGUUGUUGACGAGAUCUAA